AAGAUGGCGACGCGCAUAGUAAGCAUGAGAUAUUUGUGUCCAAUUUUAGCUUUGAGAUGUAAUGUUAUAAAUGUCAAGAGGUUUGUGCGUAGACGCAGACCAUUAGACCCAUCGAAACAAAACAACAGUCAACCCAAUGAGAAUUCAUCAAAAGAGAACAUUUGCAGAAACUCUGUGAUGGCGAGCGUUCAACGACCUGACACUGUCAUUCAGACACACUGUAACAACACGGAGUUGGUCCAGUUUUCAGGAUCAGCACUUUCGGGAAAGGUGGUCGAUGCAGACCACCAUAUCAGUCCUCGUUCUUCCUCAUCGUCUCGUCUUGGAGAAGUUGAAGGUUUGCUGUAUGAGCGAGCACAACCUGGUGAUAAGAGUCUGGCGAAAUUGGUCAACAUAGCACGAUCUAAGAAGCUUCGUGAGCAGAAAGGUAAAGUUGUCCUGGAGGGAGGACAUUUCAUACGCAGUGCUCUGGAUGCAGGCGCUGUAGUGCAAACUGUUUUCUUCAGCUCUGUGGAUGCACUACUGGAGCUUAACAUGGACAAACUCAGACGAGCCAAUCUUGUGAAAGUUAAGAUGGAAGACUCUAAAUUCUGGUCUGACUUUGACACCUCACAAGGUCUAAUAGCCAUAUUCAAACGUCCUGAGGCCUCCCAUUUAACAUAUCCAGAGGAAAAAUAUGGUAAGCCUUUGCCCCUGACACUGAUUUGUGACAACGUGAGGGACCCGGGAAACCUGGGUACAGUUUUACGCUCAGCCGCUGCUGCAGGGUGCCAUAGUGUGCUGCUAACUAAAGGAUGUGUGGAUGUUUGGGAGCCCAAGGUCCUCAGAGCAGCCAUGGGUGCUCACUUCCGUCUCCCUAUAAUCCCAAGUCUAACAUGGAGUGACAUUCCCAGUCAUUUGCCCGGUGCAGCAACCAUUCAUGUAGCCGAUAACUGCAGCACCACCAUCAAUGAAGAUGACCACAUCGUGACCCCUCAAAAACAUAAAAAAGCAUGUGAUUUCGGUUGGGUCAGAGGCCAUCAGUACCCAAGCAAUGUGCAAUAUGAAAAUGUUGAUUUGUCUGAUUUCGAGGAUUAUGAAGAUAGCAGAAGCAAGCAGACAAGCAAAUCCCUUAAGACCCAAUAUUAUUACAUUGACUGGGUUGCUAGGCACACAGGCCUCGUGAUUGGCGGAGAAACACACGGUCUGAGCCAGGAGGCAUUGCAAUUGGCUGAGAGGACUGGAGGACAGAGUUUAAUGAUCCCCAUGGUACAUGGUGUGGACAGUUUGAACUCUGCCAUGGCUGCAAGUAUUUUGCUCUUUGAAGGAAGGAGGCAGUUGCUGUCUGUAACUGAACAGAUAAGAAGAAAUUGGACAGGGACCACAGCUCCAUGAACCCAAUAUCAAAUGCUAUGCAGUCCGCAUAUAUCAUAUAAUGAUCCAGAAUUCUUUUCUGUGUGUAAUAUUAAAAUAGUUUAAUGCAGUGCCGUAACAACCAUAGGCAUUGAGGGAGAAAUCUCAAAAUAUAUUCACAAUAUUGGCCAAUAAAUAUGCAGAAUAUGCAGUCUUAGAAUUUUACCUUUCACUUUCCAUUAUUUAAUAUUUUUUAUUUACAUACUUGCUUGAAUGAAUAUUACAAUUAUUUUUUUUUUAUUAAUUCAAUAACAACCCCAAAAUGGAAUAAAUGCCACAGUGCAAUUCGGACCUGCAAAGGCAGAGCACAUUAAUUAAACAGUUUGUUCAAAUUUGUAGGGCAGAAUAUUGAGACGCAUAUAUAUAAAAUCAGACCAGUUUCACUCCAGAUAGUUCUGAUUAAAUUGUUGAUGAUUAGUUUCAUUAAUGAAAUGCCAACAUUUGUAAAAGUGUGGUCUAGAAUAGAAUUGGUGUAUAUGUGUGUGUGUGUGUGUGUGUGUGUGUGUGUGUGUGUGUGUGUGUGUGUGUGUUUACACAGUAUGCACACAUAGGCCUUUUACACACUUUAGCAACCAUUAAUACAUGUUGAUUUUCACUAACGGAAAUUGCAAAAAUAAACUCACCCCUGUUCGCUGUUGGUCAAAUAAACAUUUAGU